AGAGAAAAAAUUUGCAAUAAUCCAUUAUGAACCGCCCCCUCGAUCCCCGAUGGUGAGCGCAAUUAUCCGUCCAGUUUAUGUGUGCCCAACGCUGUUACUCACAUCUUAGAUGUCACAGCAGAAGAAUGGCGUCUGGUAAUGUCGAUUCUCAUCAUACCAAUGCAGAUGUAUCCUAUGUUACAUUAGAUAUUAGUGAUCUCAGCAAGGAAUUGGCUGCUUCUACCCUCAAAGAUCUUGAAGAGCUUACUGGUAAGUCUUCGUCGUCCUAUAGUUCAUCUUCUUGUAUUCAUAGAGUCCCUGAGAAAUUUCACAAAAUAAACCAAUAUGCCUACGUGCCCGAGUUGAUAGCUAUCGGCCCUAAUCACCAUGGUAAAGAAAGCUUGCAGACCAUGGAAGAGCACAAAAAGCGAUAUGUUAAAGCACUUCUCAAUCGAAUAUCAACAACACAAGAGUCAAAUUUUAAAAAGUUGGGGGAGUUUUUCAAUAUUUUAUGUUUCUUAGAAGAAGAAAUUCACAAAUCCUACUCAGAAAUCAGUAAAAUGAGCAGAAACGAUUUUUUAAAAAUGAUGUUAUUUGAUGGUUUCUUCAUGAUCGAGCUUUUCCUAAGGAGUGCAGAGGUGAAAAAGGAUGAGAACGAUCCAAUAUUCAAUACCAACUGGUUGUAUGCAAGUCUGGUCCGCGACAUGAUAUUACUUGAAAAUCAACUUCCUCUGUUCGUUCUUGACAAGUUAUUCGUUAAAACGAAGUCGAAGUUCUCUGGCCAUGAAAAUCAGUCACUCACAAGGCUUGCCCUUCGUUUCUUCAAACCUCUAAUUCCAAACGACCAACACCUACUUUUAAAGGCUUCCAAAUUUACAAGUAGCAAGCAUUUGCUCGAUCUGGUAUACAAGGUUCUGUUAGUCGAUGUGAAAUAUUUGCAACCAAAGUCGAAUCCAGGAGGGAAUCUAUUGCUCAGUGUGACAAGGCUCCGACGGGCUGGGAUCAAGUUCAAGAAGGGUCACGAAGAAACAAGUUUCCUGGACAUCAAAUUCAGUCAUGGGGUGUUGGAAAUUCCACCAGUACAUAUUGAAGAUCACUUCGAGGUUCUGCUAAGAAAUCUAAUUGCAUGGGAGCAAUGCAGUAAUAGUCGCCCCCUUCAUGUAGUCACAUCCUAUGCUUUCCUGAUGAAUAAGCUAAUUAGCACCACGGAGGAAGUGGGAUUUCUCUGCCACCGUGGAAUUAUCACCAAUUACCUGGGUGGCGAUGAAGAGGUCUCUUUACUCUUCAAUAAUCUCUGCAAGGAGGUUACCCUUGUUAAUUUUUGCUAUUCUGAGGUCUGCAACCAGGUAAAAUCUUAUUGCAAGAAUCGUUUGCGUGUGUGGCUACCGACUUUCAUAGGAAACUAUUUCUAAUGGAUAAUAUUGGAGGGUCGACUUCUAGUAAGGAUAUUAAUAAGGUUGUUCUUGAAGACACCAAUCAGACCGGUUCAGUUUGUAAUAAGAUAUCAAAAUCUUUAUGUAUUUUCUUACUGUGAAUAAGCUAUUCACCAGGCUGUGGGACUGAGAUCCCCGCACUAGACUUUCAAUGUAUUAUAAUAAGAUAAGAUUGAGUGGUCAAGAUGAGAUUGGAAUGAAAGGUUAGAGCGAUGGGAUUAAGUUUGAGUUAAAUUGCUUUUCAUGUCACUCCAUUUAUGUAUAUAUGAUGCAAUAAUUUCUUUUAUCAAUGGAUUAUUUUCUAMUUUAUCUAAGA